UUGAACCAAUGUUUUAUAUGCUGACGCGCAAAUAAAUUUAGUGGAAUAUGAAUUAUUAUACUUUUCUUUUAAUAAAACGAAAUCGAAUUGUUUAAGCAGCAACCUAAACAAAUGGCAAAAUGACUGACAUAAAGGAAAUCGUUGUUGUUCUGAAAUGGAGUGGCAAGGAGUACCCAUUGUCUGACCUGACGGAUCAGGACACUGUCGAGGUGCUGCGCCACGAAAUCUUUCUCAAAACACAGGUGCGACCGGAGCGUCAGAAACUAUUGAAUCUGAAACACAAAGGCAAACCGGCCGCCGACAACGUUAAACUAUGUGCACUGGAGUUGAAACCGAAUUUUAAGCUCAUGAUGGUUGGCUCCACAGAGGCGGACAUUGAAGAUGCAUGCAGUCUGCCCGAGGACAUCGGCGAGGUGAUUGACGACUUCGAUGAUGCCGAGGAACGGGAGGAUUCCGUGGAGAAUUCCGCAGUGUAUUUGGCCAAAGUGCAGCGUCGAGUGCGUGAUUAUAAAAUCGCAGAGAUAUCGCCACCACGUGAGGGCAAACACCUGCUUGUCCUAGAUAUAGACUACACAUUAUUUGACCAUCGGUCACCCGCUGAGCAGGGCACGGAACUGAUGCGGCCCUUUUUACACGAGUUUCUGACCUCCGCAUAUGAGAACUAUGACAUUGUCAUUUGGUCCGCCACCAGUAUGCGCUGGAUUGAGGAGAAAAUGCGCUUGCUAGGCGUCGAUACCAACGACAACUAUAAAAUAAUGUUUUACCUCGACUCGAAUGCCAUGAUCUCAGUGCACGUGCCGGAGCGCGGCGUGGUGGAUGUGAAGCCAUUGGGCGUUAUCUGGGGCCUGUAUAAGCAGUACAGCUCCAGGAACACCAUCAUGUUCGAUGAUAUAAGACGCAACUUUAUGAUGAAUCCGAAGUCGGGACUCAAGAUACGUCCCUUUCGGCAGGCCCACUUGAACCGCGCGAAGGACAAGGAGCUGUUGAAACUAUCCUCGUAUCUGCGCCAGAUUGCCUUGUAUUGUAAAGAUUUUAAUUUACUGAAUCAUCGUAAGUGGGAGCACUAUGAUCCCAAGAAAAAUUCUUAAAGCUGUUUUCAGCCUGAUUAUAUGUACUAUAAGAUUCGCUUAAUUUUAUUCAAUUAAAA